CACGGGUUGAAACAUAAAGACCCGAUAUAAAUACCAGCGAGAUUGGAUCCAUAGAUUGUAGAAAAAAUCUUUAUAUUAGGUGUACUAACAUCUCCAAUCCUGGAUACCGGCAUUAAUAGCACUUCCGGUAAGACGUUGCUAUCCAUAAUGGCGGGAAAUACAAAUCAGGAAAACUUGGCAGUCCAGACCGCAGAAAUCAACGAAAUAAAAGCUGGAUUCCAUGGUUCCUGUCGGCUUAUAAAGGAUUUGGGAGAAUUUACACAUGUUCUUACCUUACAACCCAGUGGACAAGAUAUUGUGUACAAGUUUCAAAUGACAAGAAGGUAUCCACAGACGAAACCUAACAUCAUUAUUCGCUGUCCAGUUUUAAGUGAAGAGGAAAUAGCAGACCUCGUAAAAUCAAUGGACACUGAUACACUCGGUAAACCAAUGAUCCAGACAUUGCUGAAUAAAGCAGAACAAUACAUUAAUUUAAACAAAUUCAACCUCAACAGCAAACCAAACACAGGGAAAGGAAAACAUGAAAAUACAGGCCGGAAGAACAAAGAGAAACGGCGGAAGCGGAAGGAAAGACAAGAGGAAGAGGAAGUUACAGAUGAGAAGAAGACAUCAAUGAAGACAGCAGAUGACGUCAUCAAGCGGAUCCAGUGGGACGCAGACCUUCCCCAAGAUGAAUUUGUUGUUGGAUAUAUCGACAGAUUUCUUGGAAUUCAAGAAAAAUACUUUACCUCCUUCAGCUGGGAAGAUAUUGCCAGCGUAGAUUAUAAUGUGCUGGCCGUACCUAAACACAGGAUUGAAUAUUUUAAGUAUAAAGAUAUUAAAGUUUGGGAUAAACCUCGCAGGAUUGACAAUGUAUUUGGUUCCACAGGCAGUAAAAAGACAAUUUACGACGUUAUUGCUGACUAUGAAAGACUUAAAAUUGACACUUCUGAGAAAAACGAAAGUAAGAAUGCAGAUGACAGUUCUGAUGACGACAGCGAUGAUGGUAUAUCUGUCACGGUUGAUGGGGGUGCAACAAACUUUCAAACCAUCGAUGAUUCAGAAGAGGAGUCCGAGUCGGCUGGAUUCGAUGAAGAAAUGUGUGAUGACGGAUUUGACAAAUAUUGGAGAAACAAGUUACGACCCAAUUAUUUCUUGGCAUUUCGAGUAACGGAUCCUGACAUAGUCCACACAACGGAGGGUAUUCAAGACGUUAUCAUGGAUCAUGAACCUCGCUUUGAAAGCUGCUGCAUUCCUCUUCAUUGCCUUCACGUAACCUUGUGCACACUUGGUUUAGACACACCAGAACAAGUUGCCCAUUGCGUGGAGGUGCUAAAUAAACUUAAACCUGAGUUAGCGUACAUGGCCCCCAAGGACACGCCUCUCGUAUUUAAGGGCAUGGACCAGUUCUUUAACCGUGUGGUGUAUGCCAAAGUGAAAUGUUCCAAAGAAAUGUACACAUUUGUGGACCAUCUAAAACUGUGUUUAAAAAAUGAGGGCAUAGAAAUUCGCGACAAUCACGAUUUUGUUCCGCAUAUGACCAUUGUUAAAGUAACCCGAACCGUGGGGAAUUCGACAGGGAAGAAGUACAUUCCUCCUUGGGUUUACUCCAAUAAACUUGACGUAGACUUCGGGAAGCAGGUGUUUGACAAUAUUUUCCUCUGUCAGAUGUCACACGAACGACGUAAAGAUGGGUUUUACUCUUCACCAACCAGUCUGUCUUUUUAGAUAUUAUCAAAUUUAAAUGUUAAAUCAUGGAGAACAUUAAACUU